AUGACCCUCCCCCUCAAAAGCAAACAAGGCUGCUGGACCUGUCGUCUGCGCAAGAAGAAAUGCGACGAGUCGCGGCCGGCGUGUUCCGUGUGCACGGCGCUGGCGAUCACAUGCCACGGCUAUGGCGCCAGACCGGGUUGGAUGGAUGACUCUGAAGCCGUAGUGAAUGUGCUCGAGGAGUUGAAGGGUGUUGUUAAGGUUACGAGUCGCUUGAAGGGGAAGGCUAAGGCUGGAGGACGGGGAAGAGGUCCCGGGCCUGAGGGGGUUGUGCUGAGGCCGAAGUCUGGUUCUGCUGGUGGUGGUGGUGGUGGUGAGUUGAACUUGGAUAGAGAUGGGAAUGGAAAUGGAACUAGCAAAGGCGCCCUGGAUACAUCUCCAUCAAUACCCCACGGAGAGCCAGGACCUGCAGCCGCCAGUCCUCCAUCCACAGCAUCGCAGCAUUCUAUACACGGUGACGAAUCUAUCCUGUUAAUGCAUUUCCUCGACCACGUCUUUACCCUGCAGUAUCCACUAUAUCGACCACAGGCCAUCGAAAGCGGGCGAGGCUGGCUCCUGUCGGCUCUCCUCCGGUCGAAGCCGCUGUAUCAUGCCGCGCUGGCGACGAGUAUGCAUCAUCGACGAACACUCAUGUUGGGAAGGCUUUCACCAUCUGCCAGAGCGACUGCCUUGGUCGAGCAGGAGAGAUAUCUCGAAAUCGCAAUCAAGGCGGUCACAGAGCAGGCGGCGAAUGCUUGUCCGGCGGUCGGGCUGGAUAUCAUGCUCACCGUCGUCCAGCUGGUUUUCUUUGAAAUAUUUGCCGGCAAUGGUAGUGGAUGGGAACCACAUCUCCGUGCCACGAUGAGCAUGUAUGAUCGUGGAUACAGCCACGAUCUCAAACCAUUCCGAUUGGCUGAAAGAUCCAGAAUAAUUCUGCAAGACGAUCUGCCUCUAGGAGAAGAAGAUGACUCCUUCGUGUCAGAAGAAGUUAUAAGCUUCAGAUUUCUGACCGGCACUAUCAUCUGGCUCGAUAUUGUCUCGUGUAUCACAAGAGGGACAGCUCCUGUGCUCUCAUCUUACCACCCGCGUGUUCUAGCCCCGGACUCCCAGGUUGAUGUUGGGAAGAUCAUGGGGUGCAGGAAUCGAAUCAUGCUUCAAAUUGGCCGAACUGCCGCGUUGGUGGAGCAAUGGCAACAGCAACAAAUUCAAGAAGCUCGGAGCGGUACUUUCGAAUGCAAACCGUUGAGGCAAACAGCAUAUGAUAUUUAUCAAGAGAUCCAGUGCGAAAUCGCACACUUAGCGAAGGAAGAUGGCUUCGUUUCAGAAGCCGACUCCAUCUUAGAUUUCGAUUUAGCAACAGUGCCAGGAGAGGAUCCAGAAAUGCUCAUCACACGUCUGUUCGCAUGCAUGGCAUCGAUAUAUCUGCGGCUAAUCACCCAGAGGUCUUUUCCUUCAAGUCUGACUAGCCUAGACGAGUCGAUUCAUGUCGAAGCCAUGACAAGACUCCGUGACAGGAUCCCAGGAAAACUGCUGGCCGCUUUGGUGUGUCCUUUAUUCAUCAUCGGUUCGAUAGCCAACACCGAAAGUGAUAAGCAGUAUUUUCGAGAUGUAUUCUCGCAGGCGCCCUUGUCUGCAUCCAUAUAUCAAGACCGAGCGAAGAUUUUGCCGGUUCUAGAGAAGAUCUGGAGUAGGAGGCGUGUUGAUUCGACAUUUGGGUGGAACGACUUGCUGGCCAUUGCUGAUGGUGUGCUGCUUCUCUAA